UGCACGCGCUACACCACCCUUAUAAAACACGUUCGAAAUUCAAACAAUUAUUUUUUUAAAUAAAACCCUACAACACAUUAAAAGCUAAAAAUCAAAUCUAAUGCAACUAAUCUUCAGAGGCUUGCGAGAUGUGGACUUGAUUAAGAGUGCUUGUUAUAUAAAAUGUUAAAUUAAUUAAUGCAUAUAUUAUCUUGUGAUGUGCAGUGUUAAACGUGACUUGCGUAAGUAGAUUGAGAGUGGUUUCCUGUCGCGGUGAUGUCGUCAUGUGGGUGGUCACAGUGCUGUGCGCGCUGGUGGUGACCGGCGCCGGCGCGCCCAACGCCACCCAUCGCCGCGCUGAUCCUCGAGAGCUCUUGGUACCGGAAGACGAAGACGAUCUAGUUCUGGACUACUAUGAUGAAGCCAGGAUUAAUAUAUCUGAGAAAGGCAGAUAUAUUGGGUCACCGUGUGAGUUCACGUGCAACUCCGACCUUGUGCAUGUGUACUGCGAGCCAAGAACCAGAACUUGCCAGUGUGCACCAAAACACUCAGUCGAACUCGGAGUGGCCAGAGGCUGUGCUAAACCCAAGAAGCUGGGCGAGCAAUGCUUUUACCGGGAGACAUGUCGUGCCUUCGACCCCCACUCAUCAUGCGUCCAGGUCAACCAUAAUGCGUACUGCCAAUGUGAUACCGGAUAUCACACCACCACCCACUCCCGUCCCACGCUACGGAUCUUCUGCACUGAAGACCUGGUUCUGCUGACGGCGGACCUGCCGACGCUGUUGGGCGUUGCGUCGGGAAUCUUCGUGCUGGCCGGCCUGCUGUGCUUCGUGCUGCAUCUCUACACAAAGGCGCGGUACCACCCCGCGCAUCUGGCGGAUGCGAGGCUUACUCCGCCCUGUCUGUACUCACUUAAUGAUACUGGCGGCACGCUGAGCGCAACUCGCGCAUCUUCCCGAGCAUCAUCUCGCAGCGGCUGCACCAGCGGGACUCUCGAGCUCGAGGGCAAUUCCCGUCGAGAGUCCCGCCGAGCGGCGUCAUCCCGCGCAGGUGCGGCGCGCACGGCGGCCAUCUUGUUAAUCUCGCGCCACCUCAAGGCCGUAAGGGACGGCGGCGCGCACCCGCCUAAGUGCGCCGCCAAAGGUUCGCGACGUCCAAGUCUAAGCUCAGUUCAAAGUAGCUCAUCGUCUAUUAGGAGCUACAGCGCAAAAAGAUGGGAAAGAGAAAGAGAACAAAAAGAACGAAGACAGAUGAGCAUGCGUCUUGCUCAGUUGCACGACAAGAUGGCGGCGGGACGAGAACUACCGAAACACGCACCCACUCCUUCGCCGAGGUCUCCUAAUAAUUCUACCGAUGGGCUUCUGCCAGCUGUGUGUGAAAUUCGUGAACUACAAAGUGCAGAUCAGCUGCAAGGCGUGGAUGGACCCUGCUCGAGCACCUCACUUUACUGACAGCAGGUUACUUCUAGCGCCAUAAGAUCCAUGGACUCCUUAUCAUCAGACGGGACCCCUGCCGUAGCGUGGAUGUAGUGAUAGAAACUUUAGUAUUAAAUCGUUAACGGCUACACCGGAGAAGCUCGUUGAGCUGAGUGAAGAAACUAGAAAGCCGAUGUCUGUGCAUUUUGACAACUUUUAUUAUUUAAAGUGAUCUGUGACUGAAUUAAAAGUGAUGCAGUCGGCAUUCGUUUCGAAUUUAUUAAAAUAACUGGAUUUAUAUGGCGAUUGAUAGAGAAUGAAGACUUUUUGUACGUGGAAAUUGUGAUGCUGAGUGUUAAUAGGUGAAGAACUAUAUCAUUAAACCCCUGCCAGAAAAACACCAUAGGUAUAGAUAGUUCUAGAAAUGUAUCUGUGACCUGUGAAUUUUAUAGUUGAGGGUAAAAAUCAAAUUUUUUUUUGCCCUAAAACAUUAAUAGUUUAGAAAGUGAUUUUGUGUUCAUUCUGAUAUUAUAGUUUGAAUGAGGUGCUUAAUAUAUAUUUUCUCCUUACAGAGAACUUUUACAAUAGGAGCACAAGUCACAGAUACAACGUCGUUAAAUAAUAUUUUGUAGAUAAAUCGUACCGAUUGUUCAAAGCUAUAAUUGACUACAUAAGUAGUUAGGCAUAAUAAAAUGUUUGUUAUAAUAAUUUAUAUUUACACGUAUUUACUUAUGAUUGUUAGAUAAGGCUGGAGGAAGGAUAGGCUGUGUUUGAAUGCUACUUAUUAUCUGAAUGUUUUUCGGUGGAAGUAUAUUAUAUUUCAAAAACAGUUCUGAAUAAAACGCACGAAAAAAUAUAAUAAUAUCAUCCUAAUUGUAGCAAUAACUAUAAUACAAAAAUCACAAAAUUAUAGAAAAUUAUUAAAUUCAUCUAUUUUUAAAAAAAAUACGCUAUCACAUUGAAGGGUUACGUAUAGAAAUACCAUAUCGCUGGUCAUUUCUAGUUAGUCGUUAUUUAUAAACUCACUCAAGACACGAUUAAGAUUUAUUUUUCUUAGUACCCAUAACGCUCUUUGGGAAACCUUUUCAAUAUUAAAAAUUAAAUUUUAUAGAACAUAGACGAGGAAUUGAUAUUUUCAGAAUCCACUUAAAUUGGGAAAAUAUAUUUUCCAAAAAUAAGCCAUACAAAUAAACCAAUGACAGACAACGUUCAACACCAACAAUCGAUGAUUAAGAAGAUAUAUGGAGAGUAGGUAUAUGCUAGCGAUUAUACGAGAGUAUCAAAUUUGUUUUUAAUUGCUAGUUUAGAUAAUUAAAAAUGUAUAAAUAGUAAAUACUUAUAUUUGUAUAUGAGAGCUUGUAUUAACGCGAUGUAAGACACUUGUUUAUAGUUUUCGAAUUGUUUAUUGCCAAAAUAUUUGUUUUGUUCCAAAAUGUUCGAUAUGGCUAUAUUAAAUCGAGAACUCAAAGCGCUUGUAACAUACUACAUACAUAGAGUACUUAGUAAUGCAAUGUACUAAUCCUAAGAAAUUAAAGAUUUGAUUUGUAAUAUAGACAUGAUCAUAUUUAUGUUCAUGUAUAUCUGCUUUAUAUCUUUGACAUGGGUCUCUAGUGAGCUGGAGUGUCUUAAUUGGUAGCCAUAUCAAACAUUUUUAGUGACAUGAAUUGUUUAUGUAGAUUACAUACUAGAUGUGAUUUUUAAGAAUAGUAUUUAUGUUAUUUUUUGUAAAGCACAAAAAUGCGUACUUUUGCCAUUGAAGCGAAGUUGUUAAUUAAUGAUGGAUUAGGUAUGUAAUUGCUGUUUUAAAGAUGAAUAUAAAUUAAUUUGAAGUUUUA